CAACAAGGGAGCUUCCUCUUUCUAACAUCAAUGGAAAAAGCCCUUCUUUCUUCAAAUCUCUUGCGUUUCUCAUUUGUCAAACAAAUACAACCUGUCUUCUUUCAGGUGACGGGAAAGAGAAGAUUCGCAGGCAAAAUGUCGGCAGCAAAGGAGUUCCCGCCGGAGAAAGUCAGAGCAAUCGUGUCUGAGGUAGCUAGUUUGCUGAAGGAGAGGAAGGAGAGCGUUAGUGUUGCUGAGACGGCAGCCGGCGGCAUUAUCUCCGCUUCCCUUCUCAGCACUCCCGGAGCAAGCGGUUUCUACAAAGGCGGCUUGACUCUCUAUACACUAGAAUCCCGCGUAGCUUUCGCUGGCUGGACCGAUGAGAACAUUAAGGUUUACAAGGGCCCCACGACUGAUAUUGUGGCUGGCCUGGCGGCGAAUGUCAGAGCGAAGCUGGAGAGCACGUAUACGAUCUGCGAGAGCGGAACAGCGGGGCCGACGGGUGGGAAUAUGCCGAAUAGAACCCCGGGAUACGUAGCGCUCGCUGUGGCAACAGAGAGUGGAACUUACAAGCGUGAGUUAUCCACGGGACUUGGUGGUGAUCGAGAGGCGAACAUGAUUGCUUUUGCGGUUGAGUCGUUGAAGUUGUUGAGGGAUGUCAUUAAAGGUGAUGCAAAGCUUUGAGAUCAUGGAUAUGCUAGUCAAAGGAUAGGAAAUGGCGUCGUUUCAGUCUUCAAAUUCCGGGAGUAAUUGAACGGUCUCGUCUCCCACUAGCAAGCCAUCAAGAUUGUUUGAUUUGAGCAAGAUCUGCUUUUCUCACCAUCUGCCCAAGUAUAAUUCAAAAGCAAGCAAGUCCUUCAUUCUCGAAAGUUAAACCUAGCUCGCG